CAGAAAAUGGAAAUGGAGUCACUAUUGCCUAAGCCAAACUAUGGUGGCAUGAAGAGGUACUUAAGAAGGCGGCGCUACCAGUGUCUCAACGGUGGCACCACCACCGGAGGAAAGAAGAUGAAGAUCAUACGGUUGAGAAGAAGCCGACGAAGAUAUUGGAGGAUCAGAGCAAUUCCAAGGCUUAAAUGGAUAAUGAGAUCACCAUUGAAGAUGUUGAGAAAGCUAAAGAAUGCUUACAUGAACUUUAUGUUGAGGUUGGCUAGUAACUUAGGUGCCAUGAAUACUGAUAACAUGUUUGGUGUGAAACGGAUUCCAAAGGCUCGUGAAGUGUCAAAGGCUUAUUCCGGUGAUGCAUUUGAGGCCAGACUCAUUUUUGAGAUUUCUAAGGCCUUGGUUGCUUCUUAUGAACUGUAUCCCAUGUAA